AUGGCUUGGUUUUUCGCCCGGAUGUUCUGUAGCAUCCUGGGGACGGUGGUGGAGAUGAAGCAGAUGUCCACCAAGGACAGGUUGGAGAAAAGGAAGUACGUGGGCCUCUGGAAGAUGGUGGCGGCAACCGAGCCGCCAGGGGAAAAAGGCCAAGGCAUGAAACCCAUUCCCACCUGGGUGGUCCGGUGCCGGAAACCUAAUCGUUUCUGGAAGGGCCAGGCUGAGACCCUGCUGGAAUUCAGCGCCACCCAGGGACGCGGCCUGCAGCUGCUCGAAGUGGCAGACACCUGCUUCGGACAGUCGGACCAGAAGUUUGGCUUCCACUUCAGGACUCGCUCGUCUCUCCUUCAACAUAGUCGGACCCACACUGGGGAGAGGCCGUAUGACUGCAAGCAGUGUGGGAGUAGCUUCAGGACUCCCUCAUGUCUACGUCGGCACAUUAGGACCCACAGCGGGGAGAGGCCAUAUGACUGCGAGCAGUGUGGGAAAAGCUUCAGGACUCACUCAGACCUGCGUAAGCACAACGGGACCCACACCGGGGAGAGGCCAUAUGACUGCAAGCAAUGUGGAAAAAGCUUCAGAACAGGCUCAAACCUGCGUGUGCACAGCCGGACCCACACCGGAGAGAGGCCGUAUGCCUGCGAGCAGUGUGGGAAAAGCUUUGGAACUCGCUCUGACCUGCUUAAGCACAGCCAGACCCACACCGGGGAGAGGCCGUUUGCCUGCGAGCAGUGUGGAAAAAGCUUCGGGACUAGCUCGAACCUACGUAAUCACAGCCGGACCCACACCGGGGAGAGGCCGUAUAACUGCAAGCAAUGUGGGAAAAGCUUCAGAACUAGCUCAAACAUGCGUGAGCACAGCUGGACCCACACUGGGGAGAAGCCGUAUGCCUGCGAGCAGUGUGGGAAAAGCUUCAGUACUUGCUCGGGCCUGCAUAAUCACACCCUUUACCACACCGGGGAGAGGCCAUAUGACUGUGAACAAUGUGGGAAAAGCUUCAGAAAUAGCUUAAACCUACGUAAGCACAGCCUUACCCACACCGGGUAG